AGCAACGUCUGCCAGAAGUCAAUAUGGCUCUAAUAGUUACACCGUACGUUCUCUUCACCUAGUCAGAGACCUCACUGCCGAGGCCAAUCUGCCAAGGAGAAAUUAAGCUUCUUUUACCUCCUCACUACUGCGACUACAGAAGAAUCUGAAGCCAGGAGUCCCCUUAGUGGAGCUACACUCCGUACCCACAGAAGCACCACUUCCGCUGACGUCAUCACGCCGACACGUGGAUCCAAGAUGGCGGCGGCGAUGCAGAUUUGGUGGCCAAGGUUCCUGUUGCUUCUCUGUCUAACAUGUAAAGGAAGCACCUUCUAUGUCCCUGGAGUCGCGCCAAUCAAUUUCCACCAAAACGACCCAGUAGAGAUCAAGGCCGUGAAGCUUACCAGCUCUCGGACCCAGCUUCCUUACGAGUACUACUCAUUGCCCUUCUGCCAGCCCAUCAAGAUAACCUACAAGGCAGAGAAUCUGGGAGAGGUGCUGAGAGGGGACCGGAUUGUCAACACCCCUUUCCAGGUUCUCAUGAACAGUGAGAAGAAGUGUGAAGUUCUAUGCAACCAAUCUAACAAGCCAAUAACCUUGACAGUGGAACAGAGCCGGCUGGUGGCCGAGCGAAUCACAGAAGAAUACUACGUUCACCUCAUUGCUGACAACCUGCCUGUGGCCACCCGACUGGAGCUCUACUCCAGCAACCGCGACAGUGAUGACAAGAAGAAAGAAAAAGAUGUGCAGUUUGAACAUGGCUACCGACUUGGCUUCACGGAUGUCAACAAGAUCUACCUGCACAAUCACCUCUCAUUCAUCCUUUAUUACCACCGGGAGGACAUGGAAGAGGACCAGGAGCACACAUACCGUGUCGUCCGCUUCGAGGUGAUUCCCCAGAGCAUCAGGCUGGAGGACCUCAAAACAGGCGAGAAGAGUUCAUGUACCCUACCCGAGGGUGCCAACUCCUUACCCCAAGAAAUUGACCCCACUAAGGAGAAUCAGCUGUACUUCACCUACUCUGUGCACUGGGAGGAAAGUGACAUCAAAUGGGCCUCUCGAUGGGACACUUACCUAACCAUGAGUGAUGUGCAGAUCCACUGGUUUUCCAUCAUUAACUCUGUCGUGGUAGUCUUCUUCCUGUCAGGCAUCCUCAGCAUGAUUAUCAUCCGGACCCUGCGGAAGGACAUCGCCAACUACAACAAGGAGGAUGACAUUGAAGACACCAUGGAGGAGUCUGGGUGGAAGCUUGUGCAUGGUGAUGUCUUCAGGCCACCCCAAUAUCCCAUGAUCCUCAGCUCUCUGCUGGGCUCAGGCAUUCAGCUCUUCUGCAUGAUCCUGAUUGUCAUCUUCGUGGCCAUGCUUGGGAUGCUGUCACCGUCCAGCCGGGGAGCUCUCAUGACCACUGCCUGCUUCCUCUUCAUGUUCAUGGGGGUAUUUGGUGGAUUUUCUGCUGGCCGUCUCUACCGAACUCUAAAAGGCCAUAGGUGGAAGAAAGGAGCCUUCUGUACAGCGACACUGUAUCCUGGUGUGGUUUUCGGCAUCUGCUUUGUGUUGAAUUGCUUCAUCUGGGGAAAGCACUCAUCAGGAGCAGUACCGUUUCCCACCAUGGUGGCGUUGCUGUGUAUGUGGUUCGGGAUCUCCCUGCCCCUUGUCUACUUGGGCUACUAUUUCGGCUUCCGCAAGCAGCCAUAUGACAACCCUGUGCGCACAAACCAGAUUCCCCGGCAGAUCCCUGAACAACGGUGGUACAUGAACCGAUUUGUGGGUAUACUGCUAGAUGGCCUGCAAGCUCAGGGAGCAAGCCCCUGAAGCCAUUUCUGGUGCCCACAGGCAAUCUGGGAGAACCAGUUCUAUUACCUCUUCGGUUUCCUGUUCCUCGUUUUCAUCAUCCUGGUGGUGUCCUGCUCACAAAUCAGCAUAGUCAUGGUAUACUUCCAGCUGUGUGCAGAGGAUUACCGCUGGUGGUGGAGGAAUUUCCUUGUCUCGGGGGGCUCUGCGUUCUACGUCCUGGUUUACGCCAUCUUUUAUUUUGUUAACAAGCUGGACAUCGUGGAGUUCAUCCCUUCCCUCCUCUACUUCGGCUACACCACCCUCAUGGUCCUAUCCUUCUGGCUGCUCACAGGGACCAUCGGCUUCUACGCAGCCUACAUGUUUGUCCGCAAGAUAUAUGCUGCUGUGAAGAUAGACUGAGUGGGUGGACCAACGCUGGGCCCACUGGAUCCUCGGACAGGAAGCCACCCUGCGUGGGGACUGCAGGCACACAAAAUAAAAUAACUCGUGCUCAUUUGGAAUGUAACUCCUGGCACAGUGUUCCUAGACCCCCAGGCUGCAUGGGGGCAGGAGGGCCUGUAGAUAACCCUUCCAUUUCCUUCAUCUCAUCCAGUCUGUAGGGAUACAUUUUUCUGUGGUUGGUUUUCUUCAGCUAAGAGUCGCCGUCAGCAGGAGCUUUCUGACCUGUUAAUUCAGGUUCUUUUUGGUUUAGGUUGGGUUUUUUGUUGUUGUUUUACGGUUUUGGGGUUUUCUUUCUUCUUUUUUUUUUUUUUUUUUUUUUUUUUUCAAAAAAAAAAAAAAGCAGAUCCAGGAUGGAUAAAUGUGGGGUUUUGGUCAUUGUCCCCAUUGGCUCCUCAGAGUUGUUGGCCACCCUACCACUAACUGGAAGAGGAAACUCGGGGGCUGCAGUGAGGGCUCCAAGCUUCUCAGUGCCAACCAAGCCCUGCCAGCCCCUCCUCCCAUUCUCUUCCCCAGCCUGCCCUCCACCGCCCCGAGCAGCCAGGUCUUUGGUCAUCGUUUUAACUGGGAACACUUGGUCACUACAAGGACAUGUCCUGGUUCUCUGGGACAGCAGGAUCCCCUCCUCAAAGCAGCCAGCGUUUACUGAACACCAAGGAAGAAGUGAGACCUGCAGUGACUGUUCUCGUGCCAAGAAGCCCGGGGCCAGGGCCAGGUGUUUCCAGAGCCAAGUGCCCAUGUGUGUAUGGGAAGAGGUGGCUGAAGCCACUAGACUAGGGUGCUCACCCCUCAAGAUUGAUCCCCUGUCUUUCCCUCAGGGGCGCCGCACUUUGUAAAGGGUGAUGGUGGACCCCUUCCCUUGCUUUCAGGUCUGGAGUCUUCAAAUCUCUUCCUUGAGGCGGCCAGGGAGAGGAAGAUUGUCUCUCUCUCUCUCUCUCUCUCUCUCUCUCUCUCUCUCUCUCUCUCUCUCUCUCCCUCCCCCCUCACAGCCCUUGGCCCCAACAUUUAUUCUCGGGUCCUUUAGCCAGACCCAUUCCCUCUUCCUCCCAUGCAAGUUCUUUUGGGAACACCCAGAAAACUUCUCUGAGAAGGAAAAUGGAAGGUAAGUUGAGUUGCUCCUUUCCCAGUUCCUAGGAAUAGGCAAGAAGCCAGUCUCCCCAGGUUGGAAGAGGCUCAUGGACCUGGCCUAGCUCCUCUGCCCUAUCCUAGCCCCGCAAACCCUGGGCGAGUCACAGAGUUUGCUCUUAAGUAGCAAGAGACCAAACCCACCUUGGGUGUAGGGGUCAGUAGCAGCCACUCGCCCUUGCGCCAGUCCUUUGGGAGCCUGUCAGGAGACAAAGCUCAGGAUGCUGCUUGUGCUAGGAACACACCCUGCCCCUCACUGCCCCACCUCCUGGGGCCCCACCGCCAUCCUUAUUCAAAUCAGUGCACCUCUCAAUCUUGCCUCGCAGUGACUUCGCGGCACUGAGUGGCAUCCACCAAGAAUCAGGCUGGAGAAAUGGGAGCCCAAAGAGUGGAGAGUGAUUGGGAGUUACUUGUUCAUUCAGAUCUUGCACCCCCCCCCCAGGUUCUCAUUGUUGGAGAGGGUGGGGGAAAGGUUCAAACAUUGUCAAUUUUUCUGACUUUUUAAAUCAUCAUCAUUAUUUUUAAUUAAAAAAAAAAAUGCCUGUAUGCCUUUUUCUGGUCCAAUUGUAAAUAAAAUGCCAUUGUCCUGUUGUCUCAACUCGCA